CAGGAAGAGAAGAAGCCAAGACCGAGAUGGUUCCCGCCGGGACGGGGAGGAGGAGGAGGAGCACGGCGCUGGCCGCCGCCGUCGUGGCGGCGGCGGCGCUGGCGUUGAUGGCGUCCCAGGCGGCGGCGACGCCGGGGGCGACGCCGUCGACGCCGGAGGGGUCGCUGGACAUCGCGCAGCUCGGGGCGAAGGGCGACGGGAAGAGCGACAGCACCAGGUUCAUCCUGCAGGCGUGGACGCACGCGUGCAGGGCGACGGGGACGCAGAAGAUCGUGAUCCCGCCGGGGAACUACCUCACCGGCGCGCUGCUCCUCGCCGGGCCGUGCACCAGCGACAUCAUCAUCCGGCUCGACGGCAACCUGCUCGGCACCGCCGACCUCAACGCGUACAAGACGAACUGGAUCGAGAUCAUGCACGUCAACAACUUCGCCAUCAACGGCCACGGCACCAUCGACGGGCAGGGCCCCCUCGUGUGGAGCCACAACGAGUGCCACAAAUCCUACAACUGCAAGGUCCUCCCCAAUAGCCUGGUGCUGGACUUCUCGACGAACGUGACGAUCCGCGGGGUGACGCUGCUGAACAGCAAGUUCUUCCACAUGAACAUCUUCCAGAGCAAGAACGUGGUGGUGGACAAGGUGACCAUCACGGCGCCCGGCGACAGCCCCAACACCGACGGCAUCCACAUCGGCGACUCCACCAACGUCACCAUCCGCGCCACCACCAUCGCCACCGGCGACGACUGCAUCUCCAUCGGCCCCGGCACCCGGACCGUCCGCGUCCACGGCGUCCGCUGCGGCCCCGGCCACGGCAUCAGCGUCGGCAGCCUCGGCCGCUACAAGGACGAGAAGGACGUCGAGGACGUCGUCGUCUCCAACUGCACGCUCCGCGGCACCACCAACGGCCUCCGCAUCAAGUCCUACGAGGACUCCAAGUCGGAGCUCCGCGCCACCCGCUUCGUCUACGACGGCGUCACCAUGGACAACGUCAGCUACCCCAUCAUCAUCGACCAGAAGUACUGCCCCAACAACAUCUGCUCCAAGUCCGGCCACUCCAAGGUCGCCGUCACCGACAUCGUCUUCAAGAACAUCGCCGGCACCUCCGCAACGCCGGAGGCCGUCACCCUCAACUGCGCCAACAACCUCCCCUGCCAGGGCGUGCAGCUGCAGAACGUCGACGUCAAGUUCGCCGGCAAGGGCAACACCACCAUCGCCGUCUGCCACAACGUCCACGGCAAGGCCACCAACGUCGCCAAGCCACUCUCCUGCCUCUGACUUUCCUCACCUUAACCCAUUAUUAUUUUUUAUUAAUCUAAUUGAUUGGUUGCUCUUUUUUUUAAUCCGACUUAAUUAGUUGUAAUCUGUACCAUAGUUUCUUUUCUCCAUUUAUUCUUUUUGACGUUUUGUUUUCUUCGUUUGGAAUAUAUGAACUUCUCUUCUGACUUGGACUGGUUCAUACGACAAAAAAUUUGUCAGAAAUUAGGUUUGGUUUUGAUUUUACCAGAUAGUUUGCUGCAUUGUACCAGCAUAGACAUGUAAUCUGUGCAGCAUGCUUCACCAGCUCACCUCCAAACUAAUUUCGGCAGCACC